AUGGUGCCCGAAGGACCAAUAGCGGGGAGGCCGCAGGUGGCAGGCCACCGGCAGGAGUCAGGGAGGCCGCGGGCGGCCGAACGUAGAUCAGCGGCAGGGGUGCCACGGGUGGCAGGCCACAGGCCGGCCGUGCGGCUGCCGCAGGAAACAGUCACCAGGCCGGCGGAAGGAGUGCUGCCGGCAGUGGAGCAGCGGUGGCGCCGGGGUACAAAGGAAAGCACCCCCAGACGUUCGUGCCUCAGUCAUCAUCCUUGUCAUCGCCGUCGCGUCCACGGAGGUGAGGUCCAGGGCUCGGGAACUCGGAGACCAAGGUUGGCGCUGGAGCUGGUCUACAGCGAGUGCCUAAGUCGGCCCGCCGCUGGAGACGGGCUCCACGGCGGAGGCGAGGCCUCGAGCGCCGUAGCCCAGAGACCAAGGCCGGCACGAGAGCGCGUCCACACCGAGUGCCCAAGCUGGCCCGUCGCCAGAGACCGGCUCCGCAGCGGCCCCGCAGAGACCCUCGCCGAAGAGGAGGAGGGCAGACUCUGGGCUGAAGCCGUCGGGCCCGGAGUUCAAGAUCCCAGAAUCGCGAUGGCAAUACCGAGGACCAAAGACUGCGUAAGUGUUCUUCUCCCAGAGCCGCCCAAGGACGUCGCCGGGGACCAAAGACGACCGGAAGCACCAAGGCCGGCUCCCGCCCCAGAGCCGAGCGCUCCUGAGCUGAGCGCGCCGACUGAGCUGGAGCCACAGGUGCUGCCGAGCCUUGAGCCGAGGGCAGCGGCCGCGCUCGAGCCACCGGCGCCGGCCGAGCCCGCCCCUAGUACUUCGAGGGCGGGGCAGAUGGCCGCGGCGAGGGCAGCACCGUCAAGGCAGCAGUCAGGGAUCCCGAGCGCCUCUGCAGAGAGGGCGGCCGUGGCAGGGGAACGAGCACAGCUCGAGGCCGAGCGGGUCACCCUCGUAGAGGAGAGGGGGCGGCUGGAGGAGGUUGGCCGCCUUUUGGAGGCCCGCAUCACCUCGGCCCGUGUCGCCCAUGAGAGGGAGAGGCGCGUGAUGGCCGAGGAGUGGGAGACCCUGGAUGAAGUGCACGAGGAGGCCAUCGCCAAGCAAGAGGAAGCCACCCGCCUGGGUGAGAUAUCCCGGCGGUGGGCCGCAGAGCUGCUCGCCAGGGAGCGGCUGGUGCGGGCUCGGGAGGAUGCCAUCCUGCCGCGCGAGAAGGCGGUGGAGCCUCCCAGGCAGACUUAG